AAUAGAUAACUAUCAACGUAUGAAUUUGUGGAUCCGAAUUUUUUUUUUGCGGUCCACCAUAAUUGAUGCUCAGGAGCGAAUGAAAUUUUGUUGUUGGCAAAAGUUCGCGCUCAUAUUCCAAUGGUAACCAACAAAACCACUGGAUAAACCGACCCAUCCAAUCACACACAAUUGAUAUCACAUAAAAAACCCAUCGGAUAAUCAUUAAAUCAGAUUCAAUGACCAAUUUGGAUUCAGAUUGUUGAAUUGGACCAAACAAUUUUCGACACUGAUCUCAUCAUCUCAACGUAACGGAUUAUCAAGUGGAACAAAGGCGCCAAUUUUUUAUUCGAAAGAAUGCCGUCGUAGCACAUACAACAACAACAACAACAAUUUUUAUAGACAUUUUAUUGAAAAUUUUUCAUAAUUUUAUUUAUUAAUUAAAUACUGAAUAAACAACAUGUUCAUCAAACAGGUUGUCAUAAGUGGUUUUCGUUCAUAUCGUGAACAAACGGUUGUCGAACCAUUCAGUCCCGGUCAUAAUGUUAUUGUUGGUCGUAAUGGUUCCGGGAAAUCAAAUUUUUUCUAUGCCAUACAAUUUGUUUUGAGUGAUGAAUUUUCACAUUUGCGUCCGGAUCAACGGCAACAAUUACUGCAUGAAGGACCAGGUCAACGAACAAUGAUUGCAUAUGUGGAAAUCAUUUUCGAUAAUUCAGAUAAUCGUCUUCCAAUCGAUGAAUCAACGGUCACUUUGCGACGACAGAUUGGAUUGAAAAAAGAUCAAUAUUAUUUGAAUAAAAAGAUUGUUACACGUGCUGAUGUUAUGAAUGUAUUGGAAAGUGCCGGUUUUUCACGUAGCAAUCCAUAUUACAUUGUUAAACAAGGUAAAAUCAAUCAAAUGGCUACAGCACCGGAUCCACAACGAUUGAAAAUUUUGCGUGAAGUUGCCGGCACCCGAAUCUAUGAUGAACGUAAAGAAGAAUCACGUGUAGCACUUCGUGAAGCGGAAAAUAAACUGGAAAAAAUAAUCGAUCUAAUCAAAUAUAUUGAAGAAAAAUUACAAACACUUGAAGGUGAAAAAGAAGAAUUGAAAGAAUAUCAAAAAUGGGAUAAAAUGCGUCGUGCACUUGAAUAUACUAUUUACAAUAAUGAAUUGGAAGAUUCACGAAAACGCCAGAAAGAAUUGGAAACUCGUCGUGAAACAAGCAGUAUGGUGACGGAAAAAUUACGUGAACAACUUCAAUCAUCAACGGAAAAAAUCAAAGAUUUAAGCCGUGAUUUACGCGAGGUAAAAACAAAACUUCAAACAUAUAAAGACGAAAAAGAAGCUCUACAACAUGAACAUACAACAUUUGUCAAAGAGAAAACACGUCUUGAAUUGCAUAUCAAAGAUUUAAAAGAUGAAGUUGAAGGUGAUACUAGUUCAAAGAAACGUGCUGAAGCUGAAUUAACUAAUCUGAAAGAAAGAAUUGCUGAAAAACAGAAUGAAUUGGAUCAAAUUAAACCAGAAUAUGAAGAAAUGAAAUUACUUGAAGAAGAAUGUACCAGAGAACUAAGUCUUAAAGAACAAAAACGUUCCGAAUUGUAUGCAAAACAAGGACGUGGUAGCCAAUUUACAUCGAAAAAUGAACGUGAUAAAUGGAUACAGAAUGAAUUGAAAAAACUUCAACGUAAUCUACAAGAUAAACGUGUACAAAUUGAACGGCUUCGUGAAGAUCUUAAACGUGAUGCUAAACGUAAAGAAGAACUUGAAUCGAAAAUUGAUGAAUUGACAAAAGAAUUGGAAAAUAAUCGAUCAAGUAUCGAUAAUCAGAAUAAAUCCUAUUAUGAUAUGAAAAAGAAAAAAGAUACGCUACAAAAUGAACGAAAUGAAAUGUGGCGCCAAGAAAAUGCAUUACAACAGAAUUAUAACAUGUUGAUUGAAGAGAAAUCAAAAAAAGAUCAACUAUUACGUUCGAUGGUGGGAAAAACCGUUUUGAAUGGUCGAGAUUCAGUGCAAAAAGUUUUGGAAGUAUUUCGUGAACGUGGUGGUUCAUAUGAACCAAUCGUAAAAGGUUAUUAUGGAAUGUUGAUUGAAAAUUUUGAAUGCGGCAAAGAAUUCUAUACGGCCAUUGAAAUGACUGCCGGUAAUAAAUUGUUUCAUCAUAUCGUUGAAAAUGACAAGAUCGGUACACGUAUACUGCAAGAGAUGAACAAAAUGAAAUUGGCCGGUGAAGUAACAUUCAUGCCAAUCAAUCGUCUUUUUACUAAAGAAAUUGAUUAUCCACAAACACCGGAUGCCAUUCCAAUGAUAUCAAGAUUAACAUUCGAUAAAAAACAUGAUACCGUUAUGAAAUUCAUAUUUGGUAAAACAUUAAUCUGCCGUUCAUUAGAGGUAGCCACAUCAUUAGCUCGAAGUUCUCAUUUGGAUUGUAUAACAUUAGAUGGCGAUCAAGUUUCACAUAAAGGUUCACUUACAGGCGGUUAUUUUGAUACCCGAAGAUCUCGUUUAGAAUUACAUAAAUCUCAUACAGCUUUGAUGAAAGAUAUUUCUGAACAGAAAGAAAAACUCGAUAUGUUACAUGAAAAAUUGAAUGAUGUUGAACAACAAAUUAAUCAACUUGUCAGUGAAAUGCAACGUGCCGAAACCAAGAAUAGUAAAAACAAAGAUACAUUCGAUAAGAUGAAAACCGAUAUACGAUUAUUGAAGGAUGAACUAGCCGCUAUCGAAAAAUCACGACAACCAAAAGAACGAUCAUUAGUAAGUCAUGAAUCAAAUCUAAGCUCAAUGGAAUCACUACAGGAAUCGUUGAAAAGUGAACUACAACAAGAUCUAUUGACACAUUUAUCUGUUCAGGAUCAGCAAGAAGUUGAUCGUCUUAAUGAUGAGAUUCGUCAAUUGACGGUUAAAAAUAAAGAAGCAUUCAGUAGACGUAUGCAAUUGGAAGCACAAAAGAAUAAACUGGAAAAUCUUCUCAACAAUAAUCUAUGUCGUCGAAGAGAUGAACUUGAAGCAGCAUUGCAAGAAAUAUCUGUGGAAGAUCGAAGACAAAAAUUGGAAAGUGAACGUCAAGAAUUGUCCGUAAUAUCAAAUCGUAUUGAAGCUGUCAAUGAACAGAUGCGAACACUUGAUGAUAAUAUCGAUGCAAUGGCACGACGACAAAAAGAACUGCAAAUGGAAAUUGAAAAGAAAAAAAGCGAAGAACGAGAUACCAUAGAUAGAAUUAAUGAAGAUUCCAAAGAUCUUGAUAAAAUUACAUCGAAAAAUUCAAUGUUGGGCAAAAAAAUUGAUGAAUGUAUGCGUAAGAUACGUGAAUUGGGUACAUUGCCUGCUGAUGCCGAAAUGAAAUACAAUAAUCUAUCGUUGAAGCAGCUAUAUAAAAAAUUGGAAAGCUGUAAUAAAGAGCUACAAAAAUAUUCACAUGUAAACAAAAAAGCAUUGGAUCAAUAUUUGGAUUUUAGCGAGAAAAAAGAACGACUAAUGCAACGGAAAGGUGACCUAGAUGCUAGCCAUAAAUCGAUUAUUGAUCUAAUGAAUGCAUUGGAACAACGAAAAUAUGAAGCCAUACAAUUUACAUUCCGUCAGGUAUCAAUGUUUUUUAGUGAAGUUUUUAAAAAACUUGUACCAAAUGGCCGUGCAUCAUUGGAUAUGAAAGUGGAUGAUACGAUGCAAAAUCAAAAGAAUAAUAAUGAUAAUUAUGCUACACCAUCUAUUGAUAAUUUUACUGGUGUCGGUAUUCGGGUUUCAUUUACUGGAUCAAAUGCCGAAAUGAAAGAUAUGCAACAAUUGUCUGGUGGACAAAAAUCAUUGGUAGCAUUGGCAUUUAUAUUUGCCAUACAGAAAUGUGAUCCAGCACCAUUCUAUUUAUUCGAUGAAAUUGAUCAAGCAUUGGAUCCACAACAUCGUCGUGCUGUUGCCGACAUGAUUUGUGAGCUGAAAAAAGAUGCACAAUUUAUAACAACAACAUUUCGACCGGAAUUACUGGAGAAAGCGGAUAAAUUUUAUGGUGUUAAAUUUAGGAAUAGGGUCAGCCAUAUUGAAGUGGUAACAAAAGAAGAAGCACAAGAUUUUGUUGAAGAUGAUCAACAACAGGUAUAGUAGAGUAGCAAAUAAAUACCGACAUGGUAUGUGGACCUUUCUCUCUCUCUCUUGCAUCAACCUGUUGCCUAUAUAUUUUCGACAAAAUCCCUUUUCACACACACACAUCCUCAUUAAUUAUUAUUAUUAUGAUGGACAUUUAAGAAAUAAAUCCAUAAUAAUAUCAUUAU